CCAAAACAGAUCCAUCUCCGAAGAGGGAAGCUCCCACCAUGAUUCUUUUUAAUGUGGUGUUUGCACUGAGGGCCAAUGCGGACCCGUCGGUGAUAAACUGUCUGCACACCCUUUCCCGACGCAUCGCCACCGUGCUGCAGCAUGAGGAGCGCCGCUGCCAGUACCUCACGAGAGAGGCCAAGCUGAUCCUGGCGCUGCAGGACGAGGUGUCCGCGGUGGCCGAUGCAAAUGAUGGUCCUCAGUCCCCAUUUCAUCACAUUCUGCCCAAGUGCAAGCUGGCCAGGGACCUCAAGGAAGCUUAUGACAGGUAAGACAGGUGGUGCCCCUGCCCGUGGGCCUUGCUGCCCAUUCUCCUGUUGUACCACUGAGAUGGGGGUGAGAGGAUUGGGAGUGCCAGCCCCCUGAACCGACCCUGAAGUCACGCAUGAGAGCCUGAAAUUCUUGUGAGUCAUGAGAUACAGGUCAGGUGACACGGUGCCAAGUUCUGGGUCUGCCUCCUAAGAUGGGUGUCACUGUCAUCACUUCACUGAGGAGGAAACUGAGGCUCAGAGGGUGCCCUCCACUCGUGGGACUUGGGGUUUGGGGGCUGAGUUUAGGAAGGCAGCCCGCGUUGCAGACCCAGCAGAGCCUCUCAGUUGUUCCAGUCAUAUUGGUGUUCCCAGCUUUCUGUGGAGAAGCAAAGAACUUCUUUUCUUUUAAGAGGGUCCACUGCUCCCUGAG